GACGCCGCGGGUCCAACGGGAAUCUCGGCUUAGAAGCUCCCGUAACUUCACGCCGCGAGCACGCGCUAUUCUCCGCUCUUGCCUUCUUGGAUUCGGGGCCGAAGCUGCGACCCUGGAAAUUAAGCUCUUGGUUUCCGGGUAACGGACGCUGGAAAAUCGGUUGUGUCUGGACCUGCGAUUACAUUUCCAUUCGCCAAACGACCCGUCAAACUUUCUUAUGCGACAGGACUGAAGACGCCUUAAAGGGAAGGAUGAAGGUAUGAAAGGAAAUUACCAUACGACGUUGGUACGUCCGUUCAAGACGGGCGUGAUAAGGAAAAACAAGAAGAAAGAAAUAACCGCGGCGUACUAAACUUUCGCAAUUAUGCUCACGAAAUCGAUGGAGAGGCUCGCAAUUUCCGGACUCUGAAACGGGACUCGAAUCGUCCUGCAAAAGGUCGACAUGACCAGAUGUGGUAGCUUUCAGGGGAGAAAAGUCGGGGAAAUUUUCAUCGACGACGUGGUAAAUCUGACGAACAACAGUCUCUCCGAAUACAAUCCACUCGCUGUAUCAACAGCCGUCGUUUACACCGAGGACACGUUCAACUUCAACUGCACAACCAUCGUACGGAACGAGAGCUUUUGGCUCCUAGUUGUGAAGGAUCCUCUACUCGCCCUUGAGGCCUUGGCACUGCUGUGCGUGAUCCUUCUAACGGUGGGUGGAAACACCUUGGUCAUAGCAGCGAUCGCGUCGAGUCCAAGUCUGCGAGCACCGACGCAUUCUCUGAUAGUGAAUUUGGCCUGCGCGGACUUGAUAUUAGGGUUGACGGUCCUCCCGCUCUCCGCGAGCAGGGAACUCAGGGGCGGAUGGGGCCUUGGUCCGGUCACUUGUUCCCUCUGGGCGGCACUGGACGUUCUUUGCUGUACAGCGAGCAUAUUGUCGCUGUGUGGAAUCUCGGUGGACAGGUACAUCGGAGUGUCCAGACCGCUAACUUACUCGAGGGUUGUCACGACAAGAAGGGCGAGAUUAAUGAUAGCAACUAUCUGGCUCCUGGCCCUGGCCAUCAGCGCUGGACCCCCGCUAGGCUGGGCCGAGGACAGCGUCUACGUUCCAGAAACCGGGGAGUGUAACGUCAACAAGCAGUUGGGAUACGUCAUAUUUUCUGCCUGUGGGUCAUUUUAUCUACCGGCUCUUGUUAUCCUCGUACUUUAUGGCCUUGUUUACAAGGCUGCCGUAAAGAGAUCCCGUUUUCUCGCCGCUGGAUCGGUCACCAGGAGUCACGUAACCCUUCGCAUCCAUCGGGGCAACAAGCUCUCGGAGAAUUGCGGCAGCAGUGAAUCCAGUACGAGGCUUGUGUCGGGCCCCGGGCCCCCGGCACGUUGGGCGUCGCAAGGACGUCGCGGCGCUCUUUACAGAGGACCUGCGGCGAAAUUCCGGCGGCAAAAACGUGCGGCAAAAACGCUGGGGAUAGUAGUCGGAGGUUUUUUACUCUGCUGGUUUCCAUUCUUCAUUAUUUUACCCAUAGAUGCGGCUUGCGAGUCGUGCAACCUUUCCGAAAGCUCGGUUUUCGCCUUUGCUUUCUGGCUCGGGUAUUUCAACAGCUGUAUCAACCCCCUGAUAUACGCUUGCAGUAGCAGAGAGCUCAGGCGAGCUUUCCAAAGUAUAUUGCGGAGGGCGUUUCUGCUUCGAGGAAGGACUCAGCGUUCUUCAGCCGCCAUGUAUGCAACAGCUGUGGGGAACUCGAACAAGCGGCAAGGCGUGUCGACCAACCCACGAGACUGAUUUUUUUCUACGCUUUCAAGUAUGAACUUUAGGGUCGACCGCGGUUCGGCUGAAGCUGAGGCGAAACAGAUGUGUUAUUUACACUCGAAGCUCGACGCAAACAAACCCCUUGUGGUCUCGCAAGGGUUUCCCGCUUUUCGAAGUGGAAAAAUAACGUGGAAAUAAUGGCGUGUGUAUAAACUUGUAUGGUACACAGGGUGUGUGGCCAAUUUUUAUUUUUCUCUAAAGAAAACCAAUAUUGAGCUCAAGGACUCUGACGAUGGAAAUCAAUGUUAUGAAAAUAUGAUCAAGUAUUUACGACAGUCUUCAGCUGAAGUUAGAUCUUGAAAAAAUCUGGACGGUCAUGAAAAUUCGCUGCCUCAUUUACACCUUGUAGUGUGUAUUUUUUCAUAAAUUUUGGAACGUGAUGAUUCAAUUUUUUCAUCACCCAUCUAUUGGACUGUAUUCUAAAAAUAUUCAAAUAACGAAAAAUUAUAUUUAAAAAAUUAUAGUCAUCAAUGUUCUACCGUCAAAAUACCGGGCUGGCAGUGUCGAAUCUCUGAAGAAUGAACUUUGUCUUGCAUUUUAAAACGUAAAAUAUUUGUUCGAAACGUCGAACGAGGCGACAGUGUAUAAUUAAUACAGGGCCAAUAAUUUCUCAAAAUCAUGUAUUACGAUUGUGAAUAUCAUAUCCAUUCGUGGAUACAAAAGUUAUUGGAAAUUAUAUAAAAUUGUACAAUAUUAAAUACGUAAAUAUAU